CUCGGUGAUUAUGUAAGAGAGGAGAGAUAAUAAUUCAGUGGUCAGUCAUUCAUCUUAUUGCACGAGUUGAGAAAAAUUUAUUUAGAAAUUCAAGUUUGAAAAAAUCCCUCUUCAUAACUAGUUCAUAAUUGUAUCAAAUUGUCUUAAACAACUGGGUUCAGAGGGACCAAAUCAUGACUAAGUGGAUGGUCAUUGGGAUUGGAGGUGCCACGUGCAGUGGGAAGACAACACUUGCCACAAGACUACACGAGAAACUAAAAAAUUCUAUUCUCAUGAAUCAAGACACCUACUUCCGUCCGAAAGACGACCCACGACACGUUCACAUUCCUGAAUUGAAUCACCAUAAUUGGGAUAUCCUCGAUAGUCUAGACAUUGAGAAAAUGCAUUCAGAUAUCUUGGAAAUUUUAUCAUCUCAAGAGGAUGAUGACAAUCGAGGAGAAAUUCGACUGUUGAUCAUGGAUGGCUUUCUUCUCUUCAAUUAUAAACCGAUUUAUGACCUAUGUGAUCUGAGAUAUUUUCUAGACUUGUCAAGGGAAUUGUGCGAACAGAGAAGGAGCCGCCGUGUGUAUGAUCCACCGGAUGUGCCUGGGUACUUCGAGGCUGUCGUGUGGCCGGAGUACCUCAGGUACAAGAGGGAAAUUGAGGAUAACGAACAAGUUAUGAGAGGAAUUAUUUUUCUAGACGGUACUGGGGAUAGCAAUGAGACAUUCCAGCGAGUUUUUCGAGAAAUUUCUCAGAAAUCAUCAGAGAAUUAGGGACGAUAACUUUUUAAGGUUAAUUGUGGUAAUUUUCCCGUGCUUUGGCCGCUUGUAAAAGUUUAAAUACACUCCAUUGUAUUAGAGAUCGUUAGAUUAUUAUAGCAUGAGUAGAUGUUAUUCUCUCACGAGAAACCUCACUGAAUUAAGCACGAUAAUGUUUCCGUAAUUUUCAGUAUGUGUAAAUUGAAAAAUAAAUUAUACAUUUAUUAUUUUGGA